ACUAAAAAAAGAGAGAAAAAGCCAAAAAAGGAAGAAUCAGAAUCAAACUUGCUUGAGACACCAGCUUCUCCUGCCCUUUUUGCAAUUUUACGUUCAUUCUUGAAAAAAAAAAAGGAAAAAAGAAACAAAGGAAUAGCAUCUUCUCCUAGACCCCACUUCUCCCUUUACUUUUCAGAGGAGAAACCACACACUUGCAUGCAUGAACAAUGCUCCAAAGGCAACAUCUUUCCUGAAUGAGUGAAGAGAGGAGAAAAGGAACAAGAAGAAGUGACCAAUUGGGCUUUCUUGUUUUGGGAAUUCUGAAUUUGUUAUAACUUGGGUUCUUUUUCUUUUUGAAUUUUAAUCCACAGUUGGAAUGGCUGAAAUCCCUGUGGAUUUUGUGGUUGAAAUAGGGGGAGAAAAUGGAGAUGGGAAAGGCACUGUUGUUGCUCAUGAUGAAUCCAAGGCCAGUGAAAGGACUCUGGGGAUUUCAGAAGAAGAUGCCACUUCUGGUUCCUCAGGAUCUCUUGACAGGAAUAUGCCUGGGCAGGAAUCGCAGAGCAUGGAGAAGACAAUAGAGGACCAUUCUGGUCCUACCCCCAGUCAGCCUCCUAGAAUAGAGAAAAGUCCAAACCAAUCUCGUAUUCGGCUGGCAAAGAAGUUUUUAGAUGAAAAAAUCCCUUUAAAGAAGAAGCUUAAAUGGCUGAAACGUUUUGCCACCAUUCAAGAUGAUGGGACUGUAAAAUUUGACGUUCCAGUGGACAUUAGACAUCAGAGCCUCGAUUUUGGUACUGGAGUAGUAUAUGAUGGUGAUAUAGAUAAAGAAACUGCAGAACCUGAAGAUGCUCUGUUGUUGCCUCCACUUCAAAUCGUGAUGCUAAUUGUUGGAACAAGGGGAGAUGUACAACCAUUUGUUGCCAUUGGAAAACGUUUACAGGCAGAUGGUCACAGGGUGAGACUAGCAACCCAUGCAAAUUUCAAAGAAUUUGUCUUGUCCGCUGGCUUGGAAUUUUUCCCUCUUGGUGGAGACCCAAAAGUCCUUGCUGCGUACAUGGUCAAGAAUAAAGGGUUCUUGCCAUCUGGACCUUCCGAAAUACAUAUUCAACGAAACCAAAUAAAAGAGAUCAUUUUCUCUCUGCUUCCUGCAUGUGUAGAUCCUGAUCCUGACACAAAAGUUUCAUUCAAGGCAGAUGCAAUAAUUGCCAAUCCCCCUGCGUAUGGACAUACACAUGUUGCUGAGGCGUUAAGGGUACCGCUGCACAUAAUGUUCACUAUGCCUUGGACACCUACAAGUGAAUUUCCACAUCCCCUUUCUCGAGUUAAGCAACCAGUUGGAUACAGAUUAUCAUAUCAGAUCGUUGAUGCUCUAAUCUGGCUGGGAAUACGUGAUAUGAUAAAUGAAUUCAGGAAGAAAAAACUAAGACUUAGACCCGUGACUUAUCUAAGUGGUUCCUAUAGUUCUCCUCCGCAUGUUCCUUAUGCUUAUAUUUGGAGUCCUCAUCUUGUUCCUAAACCGAAGGACUGGGGACCAAAUAUUGAUGUGGUCGGGUUUUGUUUCCUGGACCUUGCUUCAAAUUAUGUACCGCCGGAUUCACUUGUGCAGUGGCUUAAAAAUGGUGAAGCGCCAAUUUAUAUUGGGUUUGGAAGUCUUCCAGUCGAAGAGCCUGAAAGGAUGACUCAGAUAAUUGUUCAAGCUCUUGAAAUUACGGGGCAGCGUGGUAUAAUUAACAAAGGCUGGGGUGGCUUAGGAAACUUGGCAGAGCCAAAAGACUUCGUCUACUUAUUGGACAAUUGUCCGCAUGAUUGGCUGUUUAUUCAAUGUGCUGCCGUGGUUCAUCAUGGAGGUGCCGGAACAACAGCCGCUGGUCUUAAAGCUGCUUGCCCGACCACCAUAGUACCUUUCUUUGGAGACCAACCAUUCUGGGGAGACCAGGUACAUGCCCGGGGAGUGGGCCCUGUACCCAUUCCGGUCGACGAAUUUUCCCUUGAGAAGUUGGUAGAUGCCAUACGGUUCAUGCUCGAUCCUAAGGUGAAACAGCAAGCUCUAGAACUGGCAAAAGCAAUGGAAAACGAGGAUGGUGUUGCCGGGGCCGUCCAAGCUUUCUAUAAACAUUUUCCGCGCAAAAGCCUUGAGCUGGAGCCCGUCAAGCCACAUCCUCGCACUUUGUUUUCUUUCAGACAAUGCUUUGGUUGUUCCAGAUACUGAACACCUAAGAUCCACCAUCUUUCCAUUUCGUUUGAGGGAUGUGAGUGCUACAAGCUUCCAAAGUCCGAAAGCACGCAGACGUUCUUGACCUCACUGGAGCUCCUUUGGUGAAGAUGCGCCAUAGAAAGACAAAGUUUCUGCCUAAUCACUGAUGGUGUAUACCGUUUAUUUGCUUUUUGGCUUGUGUAAAAUAUCGUUGGUGCAUAGUGUGUUUUCUUAUAGAUGUGACACUAGAGCAGCGAAUGCUAUGUAUAGUUGUUUCAGACAUCGGGAUAUUCUGUACUAAAGCAAUUUAGGAGCAGUAUUAUGCAAAUGAUUUCAGUGGGAUUUUCGACGUGUCAAUACAGUUUCGAUGAAUGCUAUCACUGCUAAAAUGUUGGCAGCAGAUUUUCAAUA